AUGCCUCGGUCGCAGACCUUUCAUGCAGGCCGAAAGCACCUGCAAGACCAACAAGUGCCGCUGGGUUCACCCCACCACAUCUCUGGUCCUUUGGCCUGUUGCAAUCCAACAGGGGUGCAUUACCCAUUGUCCACUCAUCAUCCACAUCUCGACCAAGGAGCCGUUGCAGGGCCUCACAUUGAGAGACUUUGGCGCUCUCGGGAUAAUCGGAAAGGACGACAUGCGCUCACCAUCCAGCAGAGACCGCCCGGAGUCGCCGGCAAGAGGUAUCCGCGCAAAACAAUCCACCCAUUUGCCAUCCUCCAAGGGGUUCUUCGCAUGUUCACGACCUUUCCAUACUGGGACAUUUCCUUCUGUGUAGCUUUUAUAUUUACGAUCGGUUCGGUAAUCUGGUGCGUCAACGCCUUUUUCGUCUGGCUGCCGUUGGAGAAGCCAUCUACCGAGUUUCCGAAUGAAGUCCUUACGGGCGGAGGCGUUACAGCCUUUCUCGGCGCGACUGUCUUUGAAAUCGGCAGUAUUCUGCUGGCUCUGGAAGCAGCCAACGAGGACCAGACGGGCUGCUUCGGCUGGGCCGUCGGCGAAGUCGAACCGGCUGUCGUCCGGAUCACGCUUGACAUGGACUCGUGUCGGCAUCAUCAUGCUAACCGCCGCUCGUUCCUGGCUCAUCCGUCCACAGCCAAACAGGACUCGCACAGACGCACAUCGACUGAUCGAAAGCGGUUGUUCGCGUGGCUUCCCACUUUAACCGAACUCCGCACUCACUAUCUCCACGAGAUCGGAUUCUGGGCUUCGUUCUUGCAGCUCGUUGGAGCCACCAUCUUCUGGAUCGCCGGGUUCACCGGCCUUCCGGGCAUUAUCAACCACAUGAGCCAAGCAGUCACCAACGGCGUCUUCUGGGUCCCGCAGAUCGUCGGCGGCUCGUGCUUCAUUCUCAGUGGGCUACUUUUCGCGGUAGAGACGCAGCCAAAAUGGUAUAUUCCCGCCAUCCACAUUCUCGGCUGGCAUGUCGGGUUCUGGAAUUUGAUCGGUGGUAUUGGAUUCACUUUGUGUGGUGUCCUGGGACCAGCAACGGCGAACUCGGGGGUCGAGUAUCAGAGCACGCUGGCAACGUUCUGGGGGUCCUGGGCGUUCCUAUUGGGGUCUGUGAUACAGUGGUACGAGAGUUUGGAUAAGUAUCCUGUGGAGGAGAAGCGGUAA